AUGCCGAGGAAUUGGGUCUUGCUGGCAACCGCGGCAGUGGUGCAACCGCACGAGUUUGGCACGAAGCUUCCGGCGAACUUCAUUAACUUCUACGAGCCAUUGAGCCAAGAAGAGCUGGCUGCAGACUUGAAGCACUUGAAGGAUGGGGCUGAAAAUGGCUUCAUGCUGGCAAUGCCCCGCUCGUUGGGCAGGCUCGGGUUGACUCACAAAUCUCUGCUUGAUGGUGGAUCAUUCUUGGAUCUUCCAGGUGUUCCAGGGUGGAUCCAGCAUGCUGCGCAGCCAUUCAUGACACAGCUGCGGGAGUUCAUGCAGCUUCUGGACUGGGACAAGCAGCAUGAGGAGAGUCAAGAGGACAGUUGGAGACGCGUGGAAGAGCUUCGCAGGAGUGGCAAGAUGAAUCAGGAGUCCAUUCAGGCUGAUCUGUCACGGCUGGAGAAAGAGAAGGAGGAGUUGGAUAAAGAGCAUGAGCAGCUCAAAGAAAAUUUGAAGGAGAGCCGGCAGAAAGAGGCUGACCUAAAAGCGGCCCGCGGACGUCUAGAGGAGACAGAGCGAGAAGAACGAGAGGCACGCAAGAAACUGGAAGCCGAACGCAGACGUUUGGAGGAGACAGAGAGGCAAGAACGAGAGGCACGCAAGAAACUGGAAGCCGAACGCAGACGUCUGGAGGAGCAAGCACGGCAAGAACGAGAGGCACGCGAAAGGCUGGAAGCAGAGCGGCGCCGCAGUUGGUCCUUCUCUGCGCGGGGAGAUCCCAUCAUUUGUCCUGAAAAUGGAAAUGGUGAAAUUGUCCACGACCUAUGCGUUGAAUACAAAGGGCCUGCCACAGUGAUGUGUUUUGACCGCCUCGGCAAGUUGCAAAGCCUUGACUUUGUGGGUGUUUGCGACGAGGACGGACAGAACUGUCAGUCGCCAGAUGCAGUUUGGGUCGGGGAACAGUGGCGCUUCGAUGUCUCAAGUCGUCAAUUUCUCUACCGCAAUGUGGCUGGGCAAAAGAUUGCUGAUGUCUCUUGUGGUGGCAAUUGGACAUCGGAAGCUCCUUCCAGCACUCCUGAUCCCAAGUGGCUUGACGCCUUCAACGGUGGUCGCAGCUUCAUUCUCCACGCACGACAGCCUCGCAUCACAGAUGGUCCAUCCUUUGACUUCAUUUGGCGUGCCUUGAUGGACCAGCGGGACUGGGAUUUCGAUUCCGACCACAUCGGCCAGUGGAUCAAUGCAAUGCUCAUGGCACAUGGUUUUGCCAAAGAAGUUGGCUUUGUGCACGAAACCGUGCCAUUGAUGGCGCAGUAUGCCGUGUUCUAUGGCUUGGUCGCAAGCCGCAAAUAGAUUUUAAGCUGUGGCGAUUCGUCCCCUUGCGUUGAUGAAUGUUGACAGCAAGUGAAC